GGCUCCGUUCCUUCUCACCGUGUUCUUGCUCAGACCGUAGCGAUGUAACGUUCUUCUUCGCGGCCAGUGGCGCCACGCAGCAGGAAGCGGGCACGUUCCGCGCCCGUCUCCGCAGCGCAGCAGACUGAAGGACUGCCUUCUCAAACGCAGCCUCGCGUCCAUUAUGGCUCUGAGAAGCGCCGUGGGCCGUCUGCUGGUCAGGCCUCAUCAACGUGGCCUCGUUUCCGCUUCCGGAGCUCAGGGAACCACCGCUCCAGCGUCGUGGGGCAUAGAGAAGACAGAGCAGAAGUAUAAAGCAUCAAAGGUCCAGUUCAACUGGCGCGAUGCCCUGGACCUGGAGGGCCAGCUGACGGAGGAGGAGGUCAUGAUCAGAGAUUCCUUCCGGACCUACUGCCAGGAGAAACUCAUGCCUCGCAUCCUGAUGGCAAACAGGAAUGAAGUGUUCCACAGAGAAAUAGUGUCCGAGAUGGGGGAGCUGGGAGUCCUGGGCCCGACCAUCAAAGGGUACGGCUGCGCUGGGACCAGCUAUGUGGCCUAUGGCUUGAUCGCCAGAGAAGUGGAGAGAGUGGACAGCGGUUAUCGCUCAGUCAUGAGCGUGCAGUCGUCGCUGGUCAUGCACCCGAUCGACGCGUACGGCACCGAGCAGCAGAAGCAGAAGUACCUGCCCAGGCUCGCUCGUGGAGAGAUCCUGGGCUGCUUCGGGCUGACCGAGCCGAACCACGGCAGCGACCCCGGCAGCAUGGAAACCAGAGCCAAGUACAAUCCGUCCAGUGGGACCUACACUCUGAGCGGCUCGAAGACAUGGAUCACCAACUCCCCGGUGGCCGACGUGGCUGUUGUCUGGGCCAAAUGCGACGAUGGGAAGAUUCGUGGCUUCAUCCUGGAACGUGGCUUAAAAGGCCUCUCAACCCCAAAGAUCGAAGGGAAGUUCUCACUGAGAGCCUCGUCCACAGGCAUGAUCGUCAUGGAUGACGUGGAGGUGCCAGAGGAGAAUCUGCUGCCCAGAGCGUCUGGACUCGGGGGCCCGUUUGGCUGCCUGAACAACGCUCGGUAUGGUAUCGCGUGGGGAGCCCUGGGUGCCGCCGAGUUCUGUUUCCACGCAGCCCGUCAGUACACGCUGGACAGGACUCAGUUCGGUGUACCACUGGCUAGAAAUCAGCUGAUGCAGAAGAAGAUGGCCGACAUGCUGACUGAGAUCAGCCUCGGGCUGCAGUCGUGUCUGCGGCUGGGGCGACUCAUCGAUGACAAAAGGGCGGUUCCAGAGAUGAUCUCCCUGCUGAAGAGGAACAGCUGCGGUAAAGCCCUGGACGUCGCCAGGCAGGCCAGAGACAUGCUGGGAGGGAACGGCAUCGCAGACGAGUACCACGUCAUCCGCCACGUCCUGAACCUGGAGGCUGUAAACACGUACGAAGGUACUCACGACAUCCACGCGCUGAUCCUGGGCCGAGCCAUCACGGGCCUGCAGUCCUUCACUGUGGACAAAUAGAGCGGCAUACGCUUGGCCCGGCAGGUCCACGCACUGGAUGGUGGCUGACGCCUGAGGCGGUCGCUGCCGUGUCCUGUCUCAUAUAGAACAGUGAAGUCGUGGACGUGUAGCUUCCAGUUUGGACUUGGGUCGGGACUUCAACAGACGGCUUCAACACUGUGUAAUGAUUUUAAUCAACUUGAAUAAAUAAACCCAUGAAACGUG